GUAUUGAUUCAAAACAAAUAUCCCCACCUUCAACGCCCCGGUCCACUGAUGACAUGGUCAUCACCAACAAGAGGAAAGGACAAUUGCUGCCACCCCUCAGAUUAUCCUCACAGUGUCCAGAUGUGGUCAACUGCCACAACAAACUGGCAAGUCAAGACUCUGCUGGGGUGAAGGAUUCUCAACAAAGUGAUGUGUUCAAGGCUGCAGUAUUAGCUGCUAGGACAGAGGAAGAGGCUGAUGUUGUGCUUCGCAGAGACGUGACUCACCUGCCGCCAAUGUUAGCCCAACAAAGCUCCAAUUCUCAAAAUUAUGAUUGGAAAACACCGGAAAAAAAGAUUCGAGAUUACAUUGUUAUGUUGUCCAGUGACCAGAAUACCAUAUUUGGUAGCACCAUUGAAAACUUUAUUCAGUGUACCGUUGAGAGCCAUGAAAGAAAUCCACAGCAUGUGAUGCGCAAU